GAGGAGGAGGAGGAGGAGAGGGCAGGUGAGCGUCGUUCCACCUGGUCUGGGCGGCGCCACCCUUUGACCCUUGACUCCAGGUGUCUCCACACAACAUCGACCCUUCCCACUCCUAUCUGAUCUCCCGCAGCGCAGCACCCCGACCCUCAAUGCGGCGCCCACAAUCACGGCGCCCACAAAGCCUUGCAGCUCUGGUGGUGUAAGGAAUUUAAUAUACUUUGGUUCCCUUUCGCGUCGCAGUGAGAGUAGUGGGAGUGCAAUGUGGCGCGUGAGUGAAGCCAAGUGGAGUGAGUGUAAGGUUGUGGCGCGGCUGGAGUGCCUCACUGCCUGGCCCGUGGUGCGGCACACAAUACCCGGCAACAGGUGGAGUCUGGCCCGCUUCUCGCCACACAGCGCCACCACCAACACUUCACCGCAACACUCACACCUGCACCACAAUGUUAUCGCCGAUAGUGCCCGGGUAUCCAUUAUUUCAACUCUUCUGCAUGUUUACAACUAAGCUAGACACGAAUAUCCCAGACUGAUUUAUGAGAGAAAAAAAGGAAGGAAGUUUGGUGAAGUGGACUCCGUGAGGGUAUCAUGGUCAAUCCAGCAAGAUGCCCGUCUCUUCCUCCUCAGAGCGUGGCCAGUGCUCGCAGUGAUCAGGCGGUGCCGUGGUGGUGCAGGUACGCAGCCCUACCCCCUUCCCCUCCCUGCACGCCUCGCACGCCUCCCAGUCCUCUUCCUCCCUCCAAUGUAAACAGUGGCGCUGGGGGAAAGCUAACAGGAAGUGUCCCUGCUCGCUAUGACUCGCGUUAAGCCUCACACCUCAUGAGGCUUGGCCCGAGGCGGAGGUACCUUCACUGAUAGCGUGUUGGCGCGGCCUGUGAUAAGAGUGAGUGACGCGCCGACCUCGCCCGUCUACUCCAGGUUUACUCGCACGGGAAGCCAAAGGAUCGUUACUUCAGGAGCGUGCAGAUCUCCCUCAAGGUUUAUUCGCUGCGGCCCGAGGGUCAGCUGUGCGCCCCAAGUGACUGUCAGAAGAUUGCUUGCGAACCGUUAUCUCCAUCGUCACUGCCAUCUCCUGUACUCCCCUCAAGAUGUGUAGGAACCAGCAGCGGUCUCAGGCGAGAGGAGGCGAGGAAGUACAAGGCGAGGAAAAGUCCCCGCCACCACCACCAUCACCUCCAACAUCAGGACGAUCGCCUCUACAACAACAGCAACAAAGACGACGACUCUACCAGCACCGACAUUUGCAACACCAGCAGCAACACACCAAACUACGAGUGGUGGUGUUAGGAGCUCCGGGCGUCGGUAAAUCAGCACUGACGGUCCGGUACCUGACGCGGCGGUACAUCAGCGAGUACCGGCGCGCAGUGAACCUUUUGUAUCGUCACACCAUUUGUCUCGACGAUGUCACCUCCCACGUGGAGAUCCUGGACGUGUCGCAGAGAGGGAAGGAGCACGUCUUAGCCUCCCACGCACGCUGGGGGGAAGGUUUCAUCGUGGUGUACUCUGUGGAUGACGCCUCGACCUUCAUGGAGGCGCGGGUCAUUCUGGACGCCCUACAGCGAGCGAAGGCGCCGCUGUAUGUGCCCGCCGUGCUGCUGGCCAACAAGCAAGACCUGGACGCCGGACGACAGGUGUCAGUGGAGGAAGGCCAGGCACUCUCCCUUCAACACGGGUGCCAGUUCCACGAGGUGAGUGCCGCAGAGAGUCACGUGGGCAUCACCAUCGCCUUCCAGUCCUUGUUGAGGGAGACUCGUUCACUCCGGCAGGCGCGUGCACUUCCCCGCCAGCAUCGACUCUCCAUCGUGGCUGUGUCCAGGAUGAUUGGCUCCCUGAUUGGUCGAGGCUGGGACACCCCCUCGCCCCCCCUCCGCCCUACCCUGGUGGUGCCGCAGCCUCAGAAGAGAAUACUGAGGAGGAAGGAUAAGAACAGAUCCUCCAAUAGUUUGUAGGACUCUCUCUCUCUCUCUCUCUCUCUCUCUCUCUCUCUCUCUCUCUCUCUCUCUCUCUGGGUUAGAUCAUGGACGUAGGAAGAAGGAAGAAACGGAGGAGGAGGUUGAGGAAGUUACAUUCGGAAAUAAAGUGUGUGUGUGUGUGUGUGUGUGUGUGUGUGUGUGUGUGUGUGUGUGUGUGUGUGUGUGUGUGUGAGCGCUAGUUUUAAAAUAGAAACGAGGCAAGAAAGCAGGAUUUCAUAAUUUUCGUUAUUUAUUUUAUUCCUGAUUUCUUCUUUUUCUUUUUUUCUAUAUUAUUUCCAUCGUCUCAUAUUUAUACUUGCUCUUUUACCGUCUUCCUUAUUUCCUCCUCAUUCUCCCCCUCCCGUUCUCUUUAUCCUCCUCCUCCUCUCCUCCUCCUCCUCCUCCUCCUCCUCCUCCUCCUCCUCCUCCUCCUCCUCCUCCUCCUCCCUCCUCCUCCUCCUCCUCCUCCUCCUCCUCCUCCUCCUCCUCCUCCUCCUCCUCCUUCUCCUUCUCCUCUGUUUGUACAAAUCCACUGAACAUUAGAAAGGGAUGUUUGUAGCAAUCUCGUGUAUAGUUCAAGAAAAGUGUGUAUUAUUUUUCUAUGUAUGACUAAUAGUGUUCCCAGUAAAGAGUUUUGGAUCA